CGGGAGAUGCAGAAGCAGCUGGGCAGGAAGCGGCGACACAGCGGUGACCAGGAUGCCCUCAGCAGCAAGGGCAGGAAGGAGCGGCCCGGCAGCCAGCGGCCCCCUGGGCCCCCGUCCCUGGCCCAGCUGCGAGCGGAGCGUCUGCGGCGGGAGGCAGCGGAGCGGGCGCGGGCGGAGGCCCUGCUGGCGCGGGUGCGGGGCCAGGUCCCGCAGGGGCCGGCCGAGGACCAAGAGGAGCUGGACGAGCGGCGGCGACAGUAUAACUCCCAGUACCACCCGCAGCUGGCACGGCGUGCCCGCGGCCAGGCCCCCCAGCCCACCCCCUUCUGAGGGGCUCA